UACCAAGCAGGAAAUACCUUUUUUUAAAAAAUAAGUUACAAGUAGGGAAAACUUUUCUCUUUCACCAUGCUGAGUUGAACUGAGAGCUAGUUAUCUACAGGGGAUACUGGAAAUGUGGGCUUGGGUUUUUCUUUGGACAGAAGGGUCUAGAUAAGAUGAUGGGGUGUUAUUUACUAAUGGCAGUAUAUGUUUGUGGAUAGCAUUAUGCAGGCAGGGCGAGUAGAGGUAAGAGGAACGAGGACAUGGUCCUUUGACACUUCUGCAGAAGGCCAGGAGGAGGAAAUCUUGCUGAAGGAGCAAUCGGGAAGGUGGGAAAGAGUCAAGGCCUGGCAGAGACAACUUCUGUGCCAGCAGCUGGUUUGGCUUAGAGCUGAGAGCAGCCUGUCCACAUGUGGAAUCGCACCCUUUUUGAUGAAACGAAGUGAAAACCUGCCCCAGCUGCUGGCAGGCAUUGUGACCAGGGGAGCAGACUGGUGCUCCCCCAAAGUGCCCAGAUCAGGUGUGGAACAGCUCAGGGAGCCUCAGCACCAGCCGUUCUGUUUCACAGACCCCUUUCCCGCUCUGGGGGAGCACGAGGUUUGCAAAGGGAUGAGGAGGGCCUCAAGGGAGAGUCAUGGGGGCAAGGGCUGAGAGCCAGCGCGAAGCCCCUGAGGUGAAAUGAGGGGGAAGGCUCAGCGGGGGCACGAUGGAGGGCUCACAAGGGUAGAGGGAUCGACUGUGAGGAAGCCCACUGUGAGGAAGGGGUCGCCAUCUUGUUGGGCGUCUCCAUAGCAACUGGCCGGAGGUGUCCGGCGGCGCCAUCUUGUUUGCUAUCACCACAGCAACGAGCGCUGCUGGGCCGGGGUCGCCAUCUUGUUUGGCGUCUCCACAGCAACGAGCGCGGCCGGGCCGGAGCCAUGGCGGGCUCGGGGAGGCUGGAGGAGCUGGAGCUCAGCGCCGAGGAGACGGAGCGGCUCCAGCAAGCCUUCCGCGACCGGCAGUUCCGCGAGCUGUUCGCCGAGUACGCCGCGGAGCUGGCCGACCCGGAGCAGCGGCGGUUGUACGAGGAAGAGGUGGCUGCCCUGGAGCGGGAACGCGGCGUGGAGGUCCGCUUCGUCCACCCCACAGCGGGCUACGUGCUGCGCACCAGCCAGGGCGGUUCCCGCCGCUGCUACCUCAACGUCUGCAGCAACCCCCAGCUUGGGCCGCCGCAGGCCCGCCCGGAGCCCGGCGGCCACCGCUGGGCCCUGCCGUACAGCCUGGCUCCGGGCCGCGAAGAGCUCGGCCGCGGCGGCCGCCGCCGCCUGGUCUACGACGUGGUUUUCCACCCUGCGGCGCUCCGCCUGGCCGCCCGCAGCGCUCGGUUCCGCCGCCUGCUCAGCGACACGGCGCUGGAGGCGGUGGAGCGGCACUGCGGCGUCCAGCUCGACCGCGCCAACGCCGCCGUCCUCCGCGGCACCAAGUACAAAGGCGUCCCGCAGGCGCCCGUCAUCCGCACCCCGCUGCCCGGCGGCGGUGGCGAUUCUCCGCUGCCGCCCUCCUUCCCCGCCCAGCCGCCCGCCCAGCCCUCCGGCCCCACCACGCCGCGCUGGAGCAUCCGCCACCGCUCCUACGUGGACCUGCAAGACUACCGCUGCUGCCGCGACUCGGCGCCCAGCCCGCUGCCGCGGGAGCUGGUGGUGACGGUGGAGCUACCGCUGCUGCGCUCCGCCUCCCAGGCCGAGCUGGAGAUUCGCGGCCGGGAGCUGCGCCUCGACUCGCAGCGUCCCGCCUACCGCCUGCGCCUCCGCCUCCCCUACGACGUUGACGAGGACGGCGGGCGGGCCGCCUUCGACAAGGCCCGGCGGCAGCUCCUGAUCACGCUGCCCGUGGUGCCGCGGCCCGUUCCGCGGGAGGAGCGGUCGGAGGAGGCCGAGCCCGGCGUGGAGGGGCUGGGCGAGCCGCCGGCGGUUGAGGAGGGCGGCGGGGCGGCUCCUGCCCCGGACCCCGGCCUCGGCUCCGGCGCCGCUUCCCCCGCUGCCAGCCCCGAGCCGCCCGCGCCCCGCGGCCUCGGCGGGGACGCCCCUCCGUGCCCUCCCGAGAGCCCGGCCGCAGAGGGCAGCCCCGGCGAGAUGGCUCUUCCCCGGGGCUCCGGCAGCCCCGAGGCCGCCGUAUGCCCUCCCUUCCAGUGCCGGCAGGAUGAGGCCGCCCUCACCCUGCUCCUGCAUGUCCCUGGCAUCCAGCCCCAGAGCCUCAGCGGGGACGUGGGCACGAACCACUACAGCCUCCGCUUCUCCAGUGACACCGGCACCUAUGCCCUCUUCUUACAGUUUCCUCCCGCAAACAAGCUGGCAUCCCCCGAGAGCAGCAUUAGCGUGUCUGCCCACAGCGCUGCCAUUGGGCUCGCCAAGGCCCCCGGCAGCACUGGGCCUUGGGAGAAGUUCUGCUUCGGCCUUGACGCCUCCGCUCUGCAGGAAAGAUUGUUUGUCACUGAAGAAAAUGUUGAUGGAUUUCUAGGCGCUGUUUUAUGCCCUUCCUUUUGCUCCCAAUCAGCACUGGAAAGUCAGCCAUUAAUUGAAGUGCUUGAUGUUACUGAGGACAGAAUUCAAAUCAGGUUGAAGCCGCAGGACGCAGCCCAGUCUGAAUGGGAUGGAAAAGAAGGAACACUACGCGGCGCAGGGGGAGAUCUCGCUGAAGAGAGGAACGGCAACUACCCCCCAACAAAGGCAGAAACAAACCGUACUGCAGCUGACCCAGUCGAAGGAGAACGCGCUACAGAAACCAACAAAACUUCCACGUCUCUCGUAACAGCUGAAACAAUAGGAAAAGUAGGUUGUAGUUCACACCAUUGUUUGCAGCGUGAACCUUCUGACACCAGUUCAGCGGUUCCUGGCGAAUCUAAGAGAAGGGAACCAGAUUCAGAAAGUGCUGUGGCGGGAGGCGAGGCGGCCCUGCCCGCAGACUCUGGGCACCGCGCGGCCCUUCGGCUGCACCGGCCGGCGAGAGCGGGAGGGGGCGAGGCGGCUGCGCCUGCAGGGUGGGCCCGGGGGAGCCCCGACAGCCCAGCGGGCCCCCCGCUCCUGCAAGAAGUGAACACGCGGGACGGGAGCGUGCGGGUCGUUGGGGAUCACGUAACGCGCUGCCCCGUCGCGUUUCAGAGUUCUUUGCUGUAUGAAUUGGACUAGUUGAAGUAUUUGAGGAUUUCUUUCUGCCGUUUGAUGCUUAGCGUGGCUUCCACGUGCUGGUUUAUGACUUCAGGGCUUCGAGCAGAACACGGGUUCCCGCUGAAACUGUUCUGUUUACAUAGAAUACUUAUUUUUUUUGUUCAUUUUUGAAGUUAAUAGGUCUGAGUUUUCUAAUCACACGUACGGGUUGAAAUAGUUUUACGUACAAGAGAGACGCAGUUAAAGGUAAAUGUGAACUCCUGGAAGAAAAUGUAUCAUUAUUGUUUACACAACUUUCUUAGGCUCUUGCUACAUUACUGGCAGCAUUUGUAGAUAUCCUGCUUCUGAUGGCUCCCUCGGGAAUUGCUGUGUUUAGUCCACCUAGAAAAGAGCAGCAUUCACCAUUUUUCAAACCUUUCAUUUUGUGAUAACUGCAGGAUUUGACUUGCAGUGUUGUGGUUUUUUUUUUUUUUUAGUGAUUUUAGUAAUCAAAUUAAAUUUCUAAUUACACAGAGAAGUUCUAAUUAGUCUCCUAGAAAUAAUCAACAUUUAGACCAUGUAGUCCAUCCUGGCACAUUACUUCAGAUCCGCAGCAUCCAGACAUCCCCCAGUCUGUCAGCUGAACAAAUUCAAUUGCACAAUAAAAACAUCCUCUCUUGUUGCGCGUCUGCUAUUAAGUAUUUCCAAUUUGUAAAAUGGAUUCAUUUUAUCCAGAUUAGAUUUACUUUUCAAAAACCGUUCCCCAUGAGCUUCAAGCAGGCUCUUUGCUGGUUCACCUCUCUGAAGUGCCACAACCAAAAAAACGUAUCCAACAAUAAACUUUCAGUUCCCUUUCUCACUG